AUGCGUUCUGGCGCACUUGUUGUUCUUGGAUGCGCGCUGCUUGCUUUCAGCGCGUCUCCCCCAGUUGGUGUGUCCUUGCGUUCCUCUUUCAGUGCUGCAGAUCCAUUGCUCGAAGCCCUAGAAACCCUGGCCCUUACCUCUCCAGAGCACCUAUUCUCACUCCUUAAUCAUUUCCCCCUCCCACUAAAACCCGCGACGCCGGAAGAAUCGCAUAACGUUGUCUUAGAUCUCGCAACAAAUUACCUUCUGGCUCCUGAGAUAGCUGCCGUGAAUGUUAGGCUAGCUUUACAUGCCGCAAGUCCCAAACUCGCUGCACAGCACACACACGAAAGUGGAAGGGAGGGAUGCGAGGAUUGGGUAGAUUGGUAUGGAAGUAUUGCAUGCAACGCAGAAGAACUCAGGCGCCUCGUCGAAAUUUCAGUCGCAGCUUCAGAUUCCGAGUCUCGACCAAAAAUGAAGCGCCUCCAAACAGAUCAUACUCCACCUCUUCAGCCAUCACUUGACGCCCCCAGAUGGACAGCAAUACACUACGCUGAUCCUAUGGCACCUGAAUUCAAGCCACUACAUCGCGCCCUACUCUCUUUGACUCAUGAUAUGGAAUACGUACUACGCUGGGCACGGCCUGUCAUUGCAACAGAUGGACCAUAUUUGUCUGGGUUUGGUGUCGCACUGGACUUGAAGAAGAUGGAUUACCUCGCUGUGGAUGACCGGAAGCGGGCUUCUUCCACCUCUCGUGAUGAUUCCUCUGCGAAUGAGAGUCAGGAAGGGAAUGAAAAUGACGUGCUAAGCUGUGUUUUCGAGGCCAUGUCAUACAUUGAUACCGCAAUGGAGGAGGAUGCUACCACAAAUAAUCCCUUGAGUAGAGAGGAGAUUCAAGAUCUUGGCCUUAAAGCAACGUCUUUCCUUGCACUCCUUUCCAACCCCGAUUCCUUCCCUCCAGUUAUCUCUUCAUGCCUAUUGGGAAAUUCGUUCACCCCGCUGCAUAUUUUGCACACGCUGUCUGCGAAUUUUCCGCGCUAUGCUGCUCCACUUGCGCGCAAAGUUCGCGUACCGGACACAGUACGAGACGAAGUACAAGAUAACUGGGGGAAAGCGAUGAUGGGCGUGAACACGGUAUGGAUCAAUGGGAGGGUGCUAGAGGGUGAAGCUGGCAUAUUCGGGCUUUUACGCAACUUUGCGCGCGAACGCGCUCUUAUUCGCUCACUCGUCGAACUUGGCUUGUCGCGGUCGCAGGCCAUAGAGUUUGUCGUGCACCCAGUGCAUUCGGGUCCUCUCGAUCCAUCUCCGUCGAAAUUGAAAGUCAAGAAAGGCACCACGCUUGGUUCAGCGAAGCGCUUUGCCCAAGAAGUUUUGCGCGCAGAUACUGAGAACAACGCGGAGGCAGAGACCUUGAAUGAAGGACAGAGAGUAUAUGAUAUCUCUCCAAAGUGGAACGAUCUCUUGGACGGCCUCGUCGACUCUUCAGAUAGGUCAGAGGGGGGCGGCGUUAUAUUAUGGCGGAAUGAUAUCGAGGAAGACACGAAAUACGCUGAGUGGGGGACGGACUUGACGCAGCUUCUCCGCACGCAUCCCACUCAACUUUUCAGUCCUUACUUGCGUUUGCGGGUCAACGUCAUUAAUGUCGUCCUCGCCCUUAACUUUUCGCAACCGCGAUCCCUUUCUCUCAUUGCAAACCAAGUAGAUAGCAUCGUCGCCCGCGGGUUUCCUGUUAGGUGGGGAUUUGUUCCAGUUUCUGGUGACGGUGACGGCCUUAAGAUGGCGAGAAUUAUAUACUAUGUUGCACAGAAAUUCAGUCGUCCAGAAGUGGCCUCUUUUUUCCGCUCUUUAUCCACUGCGCACACGCAGCAGCACUUCCCUACUCUGUCUUGGAGUAUUGUCCAUGCAACAUUCAACACUCUUGGGGCAGCAGAUAACUUUGCAGACAUAACUAGCGGGAAGGUUCCCAGCGUUGAAGAAGCUCUUGAAAGUGCAAGGCGGUGGACGAAGAGACUUGGUAUUAGCGGCAAGGAUGGGGAAGGGUUUGUUAAUGGAAAGUGGUAUGAAGUGGGGGAUAAUUUCUUACGAGACCUGCAGAAUGAGGCGGUUGGGCAGCUGCAGUUACUGCAGGAACUGGUUUACCUCCAAGAACUGACCGGUGCUUCCGUGCCGCUCAUCUCAACGUUCUUUUAUGACCUCCCUACAACACUCUCGAGCCGGAAUCCGUACAUUUUCAGCAAGGCGCCCUCUUCAGUGCAUGCUCCUUCACCGAGUACUGGGAAUCUCAAAAUUCUCGAUCUUGGCGAUUUGGGUAAGCGCACAGGGUGGAGCCCGCUCACAUGCGCAUGGGUGACAUCGGAUGCCGACAGGACACCUGUAAGCAUGGUUGUCAUCGCCAAUCUGGAUUCAGCGGAGGGGCAGGCACUGGUUCAGGAGGCUGUGAUGUUCGUUUCUAGAGAGGAAUCGCAAUCACGCAUUACAUUCCUACAUAAUCCCUCUACCGGCUCACCUGGGGGUAAUGUAUCGUCCUUCUUUGCACACGUUGGGUCAACAAGCGACCUUGGAGAGCUCUCUCCGGAUGGGUUAAAACGAGCGCUCGACGAUUUGAAAACACAUGACGCUACACAGGUAUUUAUCACCGAAGGGAUUAAACUCGGAUCGGAUCCGGAAGCACACGCAGCAUUUCUAACUACUAGCCGCCUUUUCGCGCGUGAGGCGGGCCUUCAGCCUGGAGAACAAGCCAUCGUUGUUAAUGGCCGGCUCAUCGGUCCUUUCUCUCGCGAAUCGGAGUUCGUGUCCGAAGACUUUGCAACGUUGGAGACAUAUGAAAUGAAAAAGCGAGUUAAACGUGUCGCGCAAGCUAUCGAGGAAGUUCUAGCUGACGUCACAGAACUUGAUGCGCUCGCGUAUGCAAACCUGGUCUCGGUGGCAUCGUCAAUUAUUUAUGCAGAUCAACAGCCAGAUCCAAGUGAAGUUGGAUUGUUCGACAGCGCACCUCGAGCUAGGACUAGUAAUUAUAAACUCCUAUCGGGUAGUUACACGAAAUUUGAAUUUGGCGAUCGAGAGAAUGCACUGACACACCUUGUCCUGCUCCUUGAUCCCCUGAGUGAAGGAGCGCAGAAGUGGAUCGCAAUCUUAGAGAACCACGAGGAGCUCUUCCCGGAGGUAUACUUUGAACUGUACCUCAAUCCAGCUCAACAUUCCGAAAUCCCACUCAAACGAUUUUACCGUUAUAGUGUCGAGCCUCGCGUGCAAUAUGACAACAAAGGCAAUGAGAUUCCGGCGCAAGUAACGUUCAAUGGCCUAUCUGAAGACCCGAUAUAUACUCUUAGUAUGGACGUUCCCCCCUCGUGGCUCGUUCGCCCACGAGAAGCCCUUUACGACCUCGACAACAUUCAGCCGAGCACACUUCCACCUGACGGCCUUCAUGCUCUUUUCUCGCUCGACUACCUCGUCGUUGAAGGGCAUGCACGGGAGACGAAGUCUAAUAGCCCUCCUCGAGGCGUACAGCUCCAACUGACCACUUCAUCUCCUGCUGCCAAUCAUACUCCGUCCGUAGUCGACGACACUCAGGUUGUCGCGAAUCUUGGCUACUUGCAGUUUAAAGCUCGCCCAGGAACAUUCAAACUUACUAUUCGCGAGGGAGGAGGCCGUGAGGUAUAUGAUAUAGUCAGCGUGGGGAGUGAGGGUUGGAAUAGUCCUUCUGUAGAAGAUUCUGGAGAGGAAUUGACUGUGAUGAGCUUUGAGGGACUAACCCUGUACCCAAGGCUGUCACGGAAACCGGGUAUGGAGAAGGCGGAUGUGCUUGCAGGGUUACAGCGACACUCGGGCCAAUCGCAAACCGUCGUACACGAUAUCUUGUCCAAGGUUUUAUCUCUUUUCACAUCAAAAAGUGAAAGCACGACCGAAGUCGCAGAGACGGGCGCCAGACAAGCGGAGAUCAACAUAUUCACAGUUGCUUCUGGGCUGCUCUAUGAGCGUUUCGCUUCCAUCAUGAUUCUCAGCGUCCUGCGCAACACAAACAGCACUGUGAAAUUCUGGUUCAUCGAGAACUUCCUAUCGCCUUCUUUCUUGGAAUUCGUACCACACAUGGCCGAAGAAUAUGGCUUCCAGUAUGAGCUCGUGACUUAUAAAUGGCCGUCUUGGCUCCGCGCCCAAAAGGAAAAGCAGCGCAUUAUUUGGGCAUACAAGAUUCUUUUCCUCGAUGUUCUGUUUCCCAUGGACCUAAAUAAAGUCAUAUUUGUCGACGCGGACCAAAUUGUCCGUGCGGAUCUACAGGAACUGGUUGACCUCGACUUGCACGGCGCACCAUAUGGCUAUACACCCAUGGGCGAUGACAACUACGAGAUGGAAGGUUUCCGAUUCUGGAAAACUGGAUAUUGGAAAGACUUCUUGGGUGAUCUUCCGUAUCACAUCAGUGCCCUGUAUGUCGUAGAUCUUGUUCGUUUUCGCCAGAUGGCCGCGGGAGACAUCCUUCGUGGACAAUACCAGAUGCUUUCAGCUGAUCCAAACUCCCUUGCUAACUUGGACCAAGAUUUACCAAAUAACAUCCAAAGAGAAGUGCCGAUAUUCUCUCUUCACGAAGACUGGCUCUGGUGUGAAACCUGGUGCAGCGCAGAUCGCCUUCAUCGUGCCAAAACUAUCGACUUGUGCCAGAACCCCCUGACGAAAGAACCAAAAUUAUCACGUGCGAGGCGGAUCCCUGAAUGGGAAGAAUACGACAACGAGAUCGCGCAAUUUGCGGGCCGACUGGCUGCCGCAGGCAAGAUUCAUUCGAGUGUUGCUACCGCUCGUUCGGAUGUCCUUGCGAAUGUUGGGUUAGUUCAGCCAGCACACGCCAAUGACGUCGAGGGUACUUCAGAGGGCGAGGACCUUCAGCAUCCACAUGACGAAUUGUAG